AGGACCUGGAUGGGGCAGAGAUAUUGUCUCCUCCUGGAUGCUGCUGCCUGGCCCCUUCAUGGCUUUUUCUGUCCUUCCUCCAGCGUGUCGACCCCGCAUGGACCAGCAGCACUCAGCAGCCAUGGCGCCGGGGAUAGAUCAUCCCCAACGAAGAGCCUUUGAGAUGGCAGCGUGCGCUUGUGCCUGCAGGGAGGAACGCGUCAGGCUUUCCCAGGCAAGCGGCAGCCUGCAGUGAGAGCCAGUCCUCUCAUGUCUUCGUGCGUGUGUGCAUGAGUGCCGCCAGUGUGUAUGUGCCCACUUUCAACCCUUCCUGGAGGAGAGUGGCUCCCCCCGUCACUGGACAGUAAGGGAUCUUCUGACGCAGGGAGGCUGUCUCUCUUGAGGACGUGAGGAUGUUUCGCAAGAAGAAAAAGAAGAGGCCUGAGAUAUCAGCGCCUAAGAACUUUGAGCACCGUGUCCAUACCUCCUUCGACACCAAGCGAGGUUGCUUUAUAGGCCUGCCCUCACAAUGGCAGAGCCUAAUAGAGAACCUGCGCAGGCCUCGGCCCGUGGUGGACCCUUCCAGGAUUACGGAAGUGGAGCUCAGGCCCAAAAAGACCAUUGUGCGAGGGAGCAUGAUCGGACAUGGAGACUACAUCGCAGCCAUGAUCAACGACAUGAGCCGCCUGUCUGUGACCAGCUCUAAUUCUCUGCGGAAGAGCAGUCCCUCAGCCAGGAAAAGGGCCAAGUCUUUGGGAAGGCUGGGAGAGGUGAGCGAGGGAGAUGCCUACCAGUACGAAGGCCUGAUUCAGGACAAUGACGAUGACGAGGAUGCGGCUCAGGAUCAGUGGCGGGACAAAGCGAGGAACAUCCACAGUGAGACCAACACCCCUUAUUUGGGCAUGAAGAAGAGCAUCACAUUGCAGCCUAAUGGGAUUAUACCAAAAACAACAUCCACCUAUGAAGUCAGUGGUGGCCCGCUGGAGGGACCUUCUCAAACAGGCCAGAACAUUACAGGGCCGAAUCGAGGCUCUUAUAUAGGCGCUGACGUGGGCAGCCCUCAGGAGAGAGUGAUAUGGAAGAGAGAUUUACAGCUGCCCAGGGGGAUGCCACCGAAUCAAAUACCUGUGGCCUGUUUCUAUAGCCCAGCGAUGACUAUGCAGCAGCACCAAGAUCAGGGCGCAGUGCCCACGGAGCUGCGGCCCAGUGUACCGAUGUACAUGCACCCUCAGAACAGCCCGAGGAGGCCUUUCUCCUCCUACGACCUGAAAACGGAUUCAGCAGUGAGAUACCACUCUGGCUUCUUGCCAGCCGGAACUAGCAGUCCGCUUCAGAGCAGCGUCCGACCACAGCGGACUGUGCGUUCCUCCGCCAGCUACACAUUAGGACUGUCCCCCAAUAUAGGACUGAGGCCCAAUGGACCAGAGCCUUUCCUGCGACAUUCUGGGUGCCCUAAUCCUCCUUACCCACGGCAGGACAGCCCAUCCCAACCUCGGCCCUCCCCAACAGGCUCCCUAGCCACCAGUCCCCCAGGUACAUGCUCACCUGCCUUUAGGCCCCCACACCCUUCACCCAGGCCACCGCCAGACCCUCCGAAGGUGACCCAUGAACAGUUCAAGGCAGCCCUGCAGAUGGUGGUGGAUAAGGGCGAUCCACGAUCUUACCUGGAGAACUUUGUGAAGAUCGGGGAGGGUUCCACAGGGGUGGUAUGCAUCGCCACAGAGAAGCACAGUGGCCGGCAAGUGGCUGUGAAGAUGAUGGACCUGCGGCGACAGCAGAGGAGAGAGCUGCUUUUUAACGAGGUGGUGAUCAUGAGGGACUACCAGCACAGAAAUGUAGUGGAGAUGUACAAAUCUGCCCUAGUGGAAGAAGAACUGUGGGUUAUCAUGGAGUACCUGCAAGGGGGAGCACUAACAAACAUUGUGUCUGAAACCAGGCUCAGUGAAGAGCAGAUUGCCACAGUGUGUGAAGCUGUUUUGCAAGCUUUGGCCUAUCUCCACUCACAAGGAGUCAUCCACAGAGACAUCAAGAGUGACUCAAUACUACUCACAUUAGAUGGAAGAGUCAAACUGUCCGACUUUGGCUUCUGCGCUCAGAUCAGUAAGGACAUCCCCAAGAGGAAGUCUCUAGUGGGGACACCUUAUUGGAUGGCUCCCGAGGUCAUUUCCAAAUCGCCAUAUGGCACCGAGGUGGAUGUUUGGUCCAUGGGUGUCAUGGUGGUGGAGAUGGUGGAUGGAGAGCCGCCAUACUUCAGUGAAACCCCCGUGGCAGCUAUGAAGAGACUGAGAGAUGAGCAGGCGCCGACUGUGCGAAACAUCAACCAGGUGUCCCCGGUUCUUAAAGACUUCCUGGACCGUAUGCUGACUCGGGACCCCCUUCAGCGGGCCAGCGCCACUGACCUGCUAGAACACCCUUUCCUUCUGCAGAGCGGCUCACCUCAGUGCCUGGUCCCCCUGGUGGAGCAGUAUCGCAAGCGCAUGUCCCGCUGCUGACCCCGAGGUUCAUCUCUUGGUGUACAUCCUCGUCACUGGGCCCUGAGCUCCACGGAUGGCAAUGGCGAGGACGGCGAGUUUAUGUUGCAAGACACCGCAUGGUUUUUCGGGCAUGAGAGAAGCACUUUAAGAGUGAGCGAAAAGGCAGCAUGCAAUUGCUCACCUCUCUACUCAGUCACAACACUGAUUGGCUCCCUGUGACAUUCUGUGGGCGUCAACCCACACACAAGAUGGUGCAUAUCAAGUCAAUAUUCCACGUAAAUACAUGUCAUGUGCUACUCUGAAGAAAUCACCUUUAUAUUUUUAUAGUGGGCAUUAUUUGUGGUGCAAGUGGACGGAUGUUAUACCUCUGCACAGUCACAGCGUUGUGGUCCCUCAGCAAACAAUGAUCUUGUGCAUGGCCAAAUGGAGGCGCACACCUGGCCUGAAGUGAAUGCUUGAAUAUGUAUCAAACUGGGAUGUGAAAGAGCAUCCUCCGUCAUUAGCAUAACAAGUGGUUAGAUGAAAGCCAUGCUGCUAUUAUGGGCUCACUGGAAAACCUCCUUUCCAUUACCAACAGGUGUUUUGUGGGUUGUUUGUAUGCUGUGAAUUUACAAAAUGCAUUCAUUUGAUAAUUAAGGACCGAUAUCUAAGCAGAUAAAUGAAUAAUGUAAAUACAAUGCUGACUAAUUAGGUCCAAAUUGUAUUAGUUGGUCUACCUUCUUUACAGAAAUACGUGUAGAUAGGUGUGUAUGUGCAUGUGUGUUUGCGAGAACAUGGUCGUCUGUGUGAUGGCACAUCGCUGUUUGAUUCCGAAACAAGCCCCUUUGUAUCGAAGCUGACUUUUUACCAAAAAAAAAUGUGUUGCUCCUGAAGAUUUUUUCUAGAUAAAGCACACAGGCCUGGCAUGUGAUGCUGUGAGACGUCCACCUGCUGAGAAACACUUUGCACAUGCACUCGUCUCCGACUCGUGUAUUUCUAUUUGUGUGUGUGGAUAUCAUUGAUGAGAAAGAGAAAUUACACUGGAUUUUAAUUUUGUACAAAGCAAAUAAAUGAUGCAUAU